AUGUCUGCUUACGGAGACGGACCAAAGGGAGGCAUGCUCCGAAUGGAUACGCAAAUCGAGGUCAUCAGCGUCCUUUCCAAUUCCCCAGACGCCAAUGAGGCAACAAGAGCAAUUCGCCUCUGGAUCGAGUCCAAGCAGAGGAAGGGCAAGGCGGAACAAGACAUCAUCGUGAAACUGGAAGGGAUGGAGUGUCAGUUCCUCACUUCGGAUCACACGGUGCACGGUGCAUUUCAUGUCGCUCGACAGGAGACUGGGCUGCCGACGAGUGGUGUUUUGCCAUAG